AUGGCCCCGGCCCUCGCGCGAGCAGGACGCGCUCCGCCACGCUCCUCGUCCUCCCGCCGCCAACUCGCCUCGUGGAGCACCCUCGCCCUGUGCGCCCUCGCCCUCGUGCUCGCCUGCGCACCGCACCACGCCAACGCCAAGCUCCAGCCCGCCAAGCGCGACUACCACUCGCACGUCUACUAUGUCGUCGAACUCGACCCGGCGCAACUCGCCCUCGGCGGCGCAGAUGAGGCCGACGCCUGGACGCCACAAGACGUCGCACGCGCACUCGGCGCAGAGCAUGUCGAGCAGGUCGGCGAGCUCAAGGGCCACUACCUCGUGCGCGCGCCGGUCGACGAGGUCGACGCCGGCGACGACAGCUGGCUCUCGGCGGCGGCGGUCCACGGCGGCGAGCGCACGGUGCAGCGGCGCGCGAUCAAGGAGCUCGCCGAGGGCAAGCGCGACAAGGUCCUCGAGCGGUACGACCUCUUGCGGCGAGCUCUGCCCGGCCCGGCGAGCGCGCACCUGCUCGCCAAGCGGUCGUCGUCGUCGUCGUCGCACCACCGCCUCGUCCGCUCCCUCGAGCGGCAGUACCCGCGCCAGCGCACCAAGCGCGACCUCCCCGUCCUCGCGCCAGACGAGCGCGUCCUCGCCAAGCUCGCGCGCCGUGCCCUCGUCCACCUCGACCGCCGACAAGACGCCGACCAGCUCGCGGCCAUCUCGUCGCUCGUCGGCGCCGGGCACGACUACAUCAAGGCGAUGGCGACCCGGUUCGGCAUCGUCGACCCGCUGUGGCCCAAGCAGUGGCACCUCGUCAACGGCGCCAUCCGCGAGAACUCGAUCAACGUGACGGGCGUGUGGGACCAGGGCAUCGUCGGCAAGGGCGUCAACGUCGCCAUCGUCGACGACGGCCUCGACAUGAACUCGGACGACCUCGCCGCCAACUUUCACGCCGACGGCUCGUGGGACUACAACGACAACACGCCGCUGCCCGAGCCUCGCCUGUCGGACGACCAGCACGGCACGCGCUGCGCCGGCGAGAUUGCCGCCGUCAAGAACGACGUGUGCGGCGUCGGCGUCGCUCACGGCGCCGGCAUCGCCGGCAUCCGCAUCCUGUCGGCCUCGAUCUCGGACGCCGACGAGGCGUCGUCGCUCAACUAUGGGUACCAGACCAACGACAUCUACUCGUGCUCGUGGGGCCCGCCCGACGACGGCCGCUCGAUGGAGGCGCCGGGCAGCCUCAUCGUCAAAGCCAUGCUCAACGGCGUCCAGAACGGCCGCCAGGGCAAGGGCUCGAUCUUUGUCUUUGCGAGCGGCAACGGCGGCGCCGUGGACGACCAGUGCAACUUUGAUGGCUACACCAACAGCCUCCUGAGCAUCACCGUCGGCGCCAUCGACCGCAAGGGCCUGCACCCGUUCUACUCCGAGGCGUGCAGCGCCAACAUGGUCGUCACCUACUCGUCGGGCAGCGGCGACAACAUUCACACGACCGACGUCGGCAAGAACUCGUGCACCGACCGUCACGGCGGCACGUCGGCCGCCGCGCCCAUCGCUGCCGGCAUCUUCGCCCUCGUCCUCGAAGCUCGGCCCGACCUCACGUGGCGCGACAUGCAGCACUUGUGUGUCCGCACGGCGGUCCAGAUCAACCCGAGCGACCCCGACUGGCAGAUGACGGCCUCGGGUCGGCCGUACAACCACAAGUACGGCUUCGGCAAGCUCGACGCGUACGCCAUCGUCGAGCUCGCCAAGCGGUGGGAGCUCGUCAAGCCCCAGGCCUGGUGGACGAGCCCGGUCGCCAACGCCAAUACGGUCGACGCCAAGGUCGGCCAGCUCAUCACGGCCGACGGCGCGACGGCGACGAUCGAGGUGACGGCCAAGGACCUCGAGGGUGCCAACGUCGACAAGCUCGAGCACGUCACCAUCACGGUGUGGAUCCAGCACGCCCGUCGCGGCAACGUCGAGGUCGAGCUCGUGUCGCCUCGCGGCAUGAAGAGCAUACUCGCUCGCCCGAGGCGGUUCGACGAGAGCGCCGAGGGCAUGAUGGGCUGGGUCUUCAUGAGCGUCAAGCACUGGGACGAGGACCCGAUCGGCACGUGGACCCUGCGCGUGCGCGACCGCCAGAACAACCGCCGGUCCGGCAAGUUCUACAGCUACCAGCUCCAGCUGUGGGGCUCGGCCAUCGACGCCUCGAUCGCGACGCCGUACCAGCUCCCCGCCGACGCCGACGACCAACCCGAGGACGACGUCCCUGUCGCCGUCCCGACGAGCGCCGCCGCCGACCAGUCGACCGACAAGCUCGCGCCGACCAAGACGUACGUCAAGCCGACGGCGCACCUGCCCGACGACCACGCCGAGGCGACGGGCGAGGCGCACUCGUCGUUCGGCGAGGACUACCACCAGCCGACAGCGACGCCGGCGCCGGUCCUCGAGGACACGGAGCAGCUCGACUCGGAGACGGACGCCUCGAGCGACGACGUGCUCGACGGCGGCGACGCGUCUGACUCGAUCGACGGCGACGGCGACGACGACUCGGCCUUGUCGGGCGUCGGCAGCGGGUCGUUGUACGACCAGACGCCGGGCUACCUGAGCGGCCUGAGCGCGCUCGUCGGCUCGACGACCUGGCUCUUUGUCGCCGCCGGCGUCAUCGUCAUCUUUGUCGCGGGCACGACGGCCUUCCUGUGCCUGCGUCGCCGGGCCGCGUCGCGCCGCAACGCCGCCGGCGGGUCGGGCGCGCGCGGCGGGUACGCGUUCGCGCCCUCGACCGACUUUGACGACGACUUUGAUGACGACGAGGGCGACGACCUCGUGCCGAUGAGCGCGAUGGAGCGAGGGCGGGUUCGGCUCGCCGAGGGCGGUGAAGGCGGCGGCGGUGGCGGCGGCGGGAGGACCAAGGAGCUGUUCAACGCGUUCGCGCUCGACUCGGACGACGAGGACGCCGGGACGGAGCUCGUCGACCGAAGGGCGCCGGCGAGGGGCACGAGGAGGAUGUCGCUCGACGAGGCGGAGGAGGAGGCAGAGGCGAGGAGGAGCGACGAGGCGGCGCGAGUACGGUUCCGCGACGACUCGGACGACGACUUGAACGCGUCGACGACGGGCCUCACCCUCGCCGCCGAGCGAGAGCGCCGAGCGCGCGAGGAGUUCUCAGACUGAGCCGGCUCGCACGUUGUCCUCCUCUCCUCCUUUUCCGUCCUCGUUUCUCCUUCUAGACCUGUAUGUAGUCACGCGUCCCCCUCAUCGUCCCUCAUGCCGUCGGCGCCAGCCGCCGGCUUGACCGCCCCACCUCGUCUGCAUCGUCGCUGGAACGCGCAUCUCUCGCCUCG